AUGUCUUACUCUAAGAAGCGGAAAUGCCUGCAGGCCGAGCGUCAGCCUAAGUCGAUUUUCUCACUUUCAAUAUGUUGUGUUGACAAAAUGGCCCAAUAUCAACCCAAGCCUCGUCUUACGAGGUUAGAUAAUAACCGUCAUGCCUACAUCGUCUCAACACCCACCUCCUUGAUAUCAACAAACCUCAAAGAGAGCGAGCCACCGAAUUCGAAAAUGGAAGAAUCCUUGCAUCUGCGAGAUUUAGAGUUAAUGAUGCACUGGUGCACAACCACAUAUCGAUCUAUGGCUCGAAAUAGUACUGGCGAGGUACUGUGGCAAACUGUCAUUCCACAACUUGCCUUGCGAUAUCCCUCUCUACGCCAUGGACUAUUAGCUUUAUCAGCCUUGCAACUAGCUGAUCACUAUGCGGAUAUAUGUCCACAUCGUAAACGCCGAUACUUGAUAUCGGCACGAGAUCACCAACGUCAGGCUCUAGCGGGGAUCCAAAUCCACGGCGCUGAAGAUUGCAGCGCAACACCGUCAAAUGCCCAUUUCGCCCUCUGCUGCACUAUGGUGGUAUUUUCAUUUGCAUAUUGUCUAAUAGACGAUGCUGACGACGAGGACGACGAAUCAGAACAGCCCGACAUCCUGGACGAAUUCAUCGAACUAUUCCACCUGACCCGCUGGCUCGUCAGCGCAAUGCAGCUAUCCAUAGACCGAGUAGCAACAGGAGAAUUAAGUUCUCUUUUGGAGCCAGAAGAGCCAAUGCCAACAAUGCCAAAUAUGACCCGCCUCGUCAUGCUGCCCCUCCAACGACUGAACGAAAACGAAGCUCUCCGCGAUCCUGCCCAUGAGAAAGAUGUCUACGGGAAGACUAUCGAGUACCUGACCCUUACCCUGGAACAGUUGAUGAACCGCGGUGAUCCGACAUAUUUUGCCUUUUGCUGGGCUUUUCAGAUCCCAGUUCGGUUUCUGGAUCUGCUUCAUGAGCGACAGCCUUUUGCGCUAGUUGUGCUGGCACAUUACGCUGUUAUUCUGCAUGGUAUUCGUGAUUUGUGGUGGAUGGGGGAUUGGGGGCUGAGGAUUCUGAAGAAGAUUGGGAGUGAGCUGGAUCCUGAAUGGCGUCAGCUUAUCAGUUGGCCUAUUGAUGCUACUGGCUGUGAUGUUCCGAGCCCUUGA